AUGGCAGAAUCGCUGGGCAUGUCGCUGGCCAAGGGGAUGGUGGGGGAAGGAGAGGAGGAGGAGGGAUGGGUGACAGUUGACCGACGUCCGCUCGACGAUUGGGCCGAGAAAAGGAAUGCGGGGAAAUCACAUGCGCCCCCAUCCAUCAUCAUCCUCCCCCCGACCAUGUCGCGCACGGCACUUGCUCUUGACCGUGAUUCUACCCUCCUCACGCCUGAUUACGACGCCCAAGAUGGAGGGAAGGGCAAGCUCGGCGGCGCGGACGGCGCUGACGACGCACAGGCGAUCCAUCAUCGUGCUGCUGCUAACCCUCGCCGUCCUGCGCUCGCGCAUGCUCGAGAUGCCGAAGAACACGCUCGACAAGCUCCGCGCGGUUGCCAGCAGGAAGAGUCUCUCGGUGGAGGAGCUGUCCGAGGCUCUCCAACAACUCUAUGUGACAGAGCCGAACGGGGACAAGACGCUUCUCGUCCCGAGCAGAGAUCGGGUGUCGAAGGUCACCAUCCACGAGACCCCAGACUCCAAGUUUGCCUUCGAUGUCAAGCACUUCCCCCUCCUCCCCACAUCCACCAAGCAGAAGCCCAACAUCAAUGGCGCUUUCCUCCGCCAGCUUCGCGCCAUCGUCUUCCGCAUUGCCAUGCCCUCCCUGCGCUCGAAAGAAGCACUCAUCAUCUUCAUGCACUCCUUCUUCCUCCUCAUGCGCACCUACCUCAGCGUCCUCGUCGCCAAGCUCGACGGCGCCAUCGUGAGAGACCUGAUACGUGGAGAUGGGAAGGGUUUCCUGAAGGGUCUGGGCCUGUGGUUCCUCCUCGCUGUGCCUAGCACGUAUACGAACACCAUGCUGCGCCACCUGCAGUCGAAGCUUUCGAUGCGCCUGCGCACCAACCUCACUCGAUACCUCCACGACCUAUAUCUCUCCUCGUAUCCCAAUCUUCGGUACUACCGCUCAGGUAUCGAGGGUGUCGACCAGUAUAUUACCUCCGACGCAGAGGCCUGGGCAGACUCGCUCGCUGGACUAUACGGCAAUAUCCUCAAGCCCUCCCUCGACCUUGUCCUCUUCACCGGCCAACUAUCCAAGUCGCUCGGUCUUCGAGGGACCUUGCUACUCUUUGGCAACUACUAUGCCACCGUGUCUAUCCUGCGCGCGGUCACUCCAGCCUUCGGGCGUCUAGCGGCAAUCGAGUCGAGAUUGGAGGGCGAAUACCGAGCGGGCAUGGGGCGAGUGGGAAGAGAGGCGGAGGAGAUCGCCUUCUACAACGGCGGCGCGCGCGAGAAGACGAUCCUGAUGAACGCAUAUAUGCGGCUCAUCAAGCAUGUCAACUCGAUUUUCAAGAUCCGCAUCGCCUACGAAUUCACGGAGGACUUCGUCAUCAAGUACCUCUGGUCCGCGGCGGGCUACGUACUCAUUGCCGUCCCAUUGCUCUUCACGCGCACGAAGCGGAGCUUGGGGAUCCAGACGGGAGACAAGGAUAUCCCUAGGAGACCAGAUCAUGGUGUGGCGGAUAGGACGGAGACGUACAUUUCCAACCGCCGCCUACUCCUCUCCCUCGCCGACGCCGGCGGUCGCUUGAUGUACGCAUACAAGGACCUCCUCGAGCUUGCCGGCCUCACCACGCGGCUGUACACCCUCAUCUCGACCCUCCUCAACCUCCCACCGCUCCCCGCCGUGUCAUCGGACGCCGACGACGCCAUCGAGCUCAGCCACGUCGACGUCGGCAUCCCCCUCACCAUCGCCAAGGACCCCAUCUCCAUGAGCGCCGAGGACGUUGAAAUGACCGGCACCACGCCCGACGCCUCGCCCCCGCUCGUCAAGGACCUCUCCUUCCUCCUCAGGCAGGGCGACCACCUCAUGAUCACCGGCGCGAACGGCGUCGGGAAGACCGCCGUCGCGCGCGUCCUCGCCGGCCUCUGGGCCCCGCAGGGCGCCGCUGCCGCCGCCGUCCGGCGCCCUGCCCCCUCUCCCUCCGGCCGCCCGCCCGUGUUCGUCGUCCCGCAGCGCGCGUAUAUGGUCACGGGCUCCCUCCUAGACCAGGUCAUCUACCCGCACUCGUAUCCCGAGUUCGUCAAAUCCGGCAAGACGGAGCAGGACCUGAUGGCGAUCCUGGAGAUGGUGUUCCUCGCGUACCUGCCGGAGCGGGAGGGCGGGUGGGGGACGCGGAAGGAGUGGAGGGAUAUACUGAGUGGGGGAGAGAAGCAGCGGAUGGGGCUCGCAAGGGCGUUUUAUCAUAGGCCGAAGUUUGCGAUUUUAGACGAGUGCACGAGCGCGGUGUCGAGCGAUGUGGAGGGUAGGAUGUACGAGCAUGCGAAGAGCUUGGGGAUCACUCUCAUCACCAUCUCUCUCCGGCCCUCCCUGAUGAAGUACCACACUAAGUUGCUUACGCUGGCCGGCGACGGCACCGGGCGGUGGACGCUCGCGCAGAUCGGCACCGCGGAGGAGCGCGUGGGCAUCGAGCGGGAGAUCGCGGCGCUCGAGGAGCGGCUGGAGCAGACGGAGAAGUGGGAGGCGCGGCUGGGCGAGUUGGAUCGGCUGUUGGCGGCGCAGGAGGGGGUGUGAGGGGGGCGUGGGAGGUGGCGCGGGCGGUGGGUUGAGGGUGGCGUGGGCGGUAGUUUGAAGGCGGUGCAGGAAGGGGUUGGAAUGCGGUGGGGGUUUGUAGGAGAGUGGUGCUUGCCAAUGAGUGGAAAGGCGUCGAGUGUAUCACUAUCUGUAUCACAUCGGAGGGAUCUACGUUCUGCUCAUCCCGCUGUCCGGCAAGCACGACCAAGCAAAAGCUGGCCA